UGGAGGAGGCGAGCAGGCGUUGAGAGAGCCAGAGCGUGGUUCCGAUCCCAGUUAGACCUGCUGGAGCGCGCCCUGCUCGCUCAGAGCCCCUGCACCAACUCCCCCGGUGCCCCCCUCCCUCUCUCGCCGCACCCUCCUGCUACCCCCACUUUUGCAUCUGACCAGAGGACGGAUGAGGGAGACGUUCCCGCAAAUUGGGGCAGCAACUUUCCUCUGCCGGGCUCCGGGCUCCGGGAGCCGGCGCGCGCUGGUCGCCCGCGGUCUGCGGCCCAUGGAGCAGGAGGACGAGGAGCCCUGACGGGCGAGCGGCCGGAGCCUGGAGCCCCGAGCGAGCCCCGCGCCGCGCGCCCGCUCCGCGUUCCCACGCCGGCCCCCUCGGUCCCUCCCGGAGCGCAGCGCGCAGGGUGCAGACGCCGAGCAUCCCGGGGAGGAUGAGGCGCGGACCCCGCCGGAGCGGGCUGCAUCUCGGGGACGUGCGGCCGCGGCUGGGUCUCGGCAUGAAUUAGGCAGCCAGGAAGAUGCAGCGCCGCGCGCUCCUCGCCCAGCCCUGGCUCUGGACCAGGGACGGCAGCUGGGCGCUCCUCUAUUUCCUCGGCUCUGUGCUCCCCCAGACCGCCCCGCAAGUCCUCAGGAUCGGAGGGAUUUUUGAAACUGUGGAAAACGAACCUGUUAAUGUUGAAGAAUUAGCAUUCAAGUUCGCAGUCACCAGCAUCAACAGAAAUCGAACCUUGAUGCCUAACACCACAUUAACCUAUGACAUCCAGAGAAUUAACCUUUUUGAUAGUUUUGAAGCUUCACGGAGAGCGUGUGACCAGCUGGCUCUCGGUGUGGCAGCUCUGUUCGGCCCUACCCACAGCUCCUCUGUCAGUGCUGUGCAGUCCAUAUGCAAUGCUCUGGAGGUUCCCCACAUACAGACCCGCUGGAAACACCCCUCUGUGGACAACAAAGACUUGUUUUACAUCAACCUCUACCCGGAUUAUGCAGCUAUCAGCAGGGCGGUCCUGGAUCUGGUCCUUUACUACAGGUGGAAAACAGUGACCGUGGUGUAUGAAGACAGCACAGGUCUAAUUCGUCUGCAAGAGCUCAUCAAAGCUCCCUCCAGAUAUAACAUUAAAAUCAAAAUCCGCCAGCUGCCUUCUGGGAACAAAGAUGCCAAGCCUUUGCUCAAGGAGAUGAAGAAGGGCAAGGAGUUCUAUGUGAUAUUUGAUUGUUCACAUGAAACAGCAGCUGAAAUCCUUAAGCAGAUUCUGUUCAUGGGCAUGAUGACUGAGUACUAUCACUACUUUUUCACAACCUUGGACUUAUUUGCUCUAGAUCUGGAGCUGUACAGGUACAGUGGCGUCAACAUGACGGGGUUUCGGCUGCUGAACAUUGACGACCCGCACGUGUCCUCCAUCGUGGAGAAGUGGUCCAUGGAGAGGCUGCAGGCCCCGCCCAGGCCCGAGACCGGGCUGUUAGACGGCAUGAUGACAACUGAAGCAGCUCUGAUGUAUGAUGCCGUGUACAUGGUGGCCAUUGCCUCCCACCGGGCUUCCCAGCUGACAGUCAGCUCCCUACAGUGCCAUCGACACAAGCCGUGGCGCCUUGGACCCAGAUUUAUGAACCUGAUCAAAGAGGCUCGGUGGGAUGGCUUGACUGGGCGUAUCGCCUUCAAUAAAACCGACGGCUUGAGGAGGGAUUUUGAUCUGGACAUUAUUAGUCUUAAAGAGGAAGGAACUGAAAAGAUUGGGAUUUGGAACUCCAACAGUGGGCUCAACAUGACAGAUGGCAACAAAGACCGGUCCAGCAAUAUCACUGAUUCACUGGCCAACCGAACGCUCAUUGUCACCACUAUUCUGGAAGAACCCUAUGUGAUGUAUAGGAAAUCUGACAAGCCCCUAUAUGGAAAUGACAGGUUUGAAGGAUAUUGUCUAGAUCUGCUGAAGGAAUUGUCAAGCAUCCUGGGUUUCAUUUAUGAUGUUAAACUUGUCCCUGAUGGCAAAUAUGGAGCACAGAAUGAUAAAGGGGAGUGGAAUGGAAUGGUCAAAGAACUUAUAGAUCACAGGGCUGACCUGGCAGUAGCCCCUCUCACCAUCACCUACGUGCGGGAGAAAGUCAUUGACUUCUCUAAGCCCUUCAUGACACUGGGUAUCAGCAUCCUCUACCGGAAACCUAAUGGCACCAAUCCAGGGGUCUUCUCCUUCCUCAACCCUCUGUCUCCUGACAUUUGGAUGUAUGUGCUGUUAGCCUGCUUGGGAGUCAGUUGCGUCCUCUUUGUGAUUGCAAGGUUUACACCCUACGAGUGGUAUAACCCUCACCCAUGCAACCCCGACUCAGAUGUGGUGGAAAACAAUUUUACUUUACUCAAUAGUUUCUGGUUUGGAGUUGGAGCUCUCAUGCAGCAAGGAUCAGAGCUGAUGCCAAAAGCGCUAUCAACCAGAAUAGUUGGAGGGAUAUGGUGGUUUUUCACCCUAAUCAUCAUUUCAUCCUACACUGCCAACCUGGCUGCCUUCCUGACGGUAGAGCGAAUGGAGUCCCCCAUAGAUUCGGCAGAUGAUCUGGCAAAACAAACCAAGAUAGAAUACGGGGCAGUCAGAGAUGGAUCAACCAUGACCUUCUUCAAGGUUUCCGAACACUUGAAUUUUUCUAAAAUCAAUAGUGUGAAGAGAUACAAGUUAGCCCAAGCAAAUGAUUCAUCACAACACUUGUCAGAAACCAGGAAAGUCACCUGUAAGACAAGACAGGGGGACAGAGUAGCAUCACGUGCACAUUUGAAAUACAGAGGAGGGAGCAAUUGCCUUUUGAAGAAGCAACUGACCUGCCUUUGCCACUGGACGGGAGAUUAUGGAUUUACAAGCUGUUUUGUUUGUUUCUGCUCACAAGACUCUUUGGAUGUAGAGACUGUUGGUUCCCAUUUUUUCUGGUUGACCACAUGAGAUCAGGGGCCCUUCCUGCUGGUCACAGGCAUCCUCUCAUGGUAUAAGGGGCCAACCUCCCUAUAGCCUCUAUUGUAAGACACUAAUCCCAUGCAUAAGGGCUCCGUUCUUGUGCCUUAAGCACCUCCCAAAGACCUCACCCCCUCAAACCAUCAUCCUUGGGGGUUAUGAUUUCAAUGUAGGACUUUUGGGGGACACAUUCAUUCCAUAGCAGGAGGGAUACCUAGAGCUCCACACAGGAAGAGGUACCAGUUGCUUGACUUGCAAAUUAGCUUAUAACCUAGCAACUCUAUUUAUGAAGAAGGAAUUUAUUUGCAGAGAGAGCAAGGACUAAAUCCGAUUUAGUAUUCCCCUUGAUGGAGGCAUGUAGUCAGAAAGCUUCAGAGAGAUACAAGCUUAGGGUUCUUAAGCUGGAUUAUUCCACAAGGGAAAGAUGUGUCCCAGCCUUUUAGCUGUCAGUGAAGUUCCACCCUAAAUCACUGAAUGACAGUAAGGGCCACAGGGAUUCAGACCUGACCUGGCUCUACCUCAAUGUUGUUGGACUGUUGAAUGGAUAAGGAAAGCUACAUUCACCCAGAGUUGUCUAACACCUUCUGAUCUAUUUUGAGGGCAGAUGCCAUUGCUCAGACAUAUUCUCUCUCCACCCAAUCACAAGGAAACUUCUCAUAAGAAACAUUUUCUCACCACAACCUAAGCUGCAAAUAGCAACUUAGGACUUAAAGUGUUUUUGUUCCCAGUAUAUAUAUGCAUGUAUAUUCCAUCCCUUUGGUAACACUCAAAUGGUAGAAACCUGUCUCUUUAAUUUCACAUGGAUGCUAAAUUGUUUGACAGCUGAAGAACAGGCAGUUGCAAGGAGAAAAGGACCACAGAAAUUGCCAAAAUCCACAAACAAACAAAAUGCUGCAAUCCCUCACAUGUGGUCUCUGGGCCACAGACAAGGAAUUUUUUUAGUGAAGUGUCUCUUUGGAAAGGGACUUCCGAAGUUGCUAGCUAAAUGUGCAAUCAAAAUCCAUUGACUUUUUCUUCCCCCUAGCUUUUCUAUUCCUGCAGAUAGCAUGACCUUAGAUCUCAGAUUUGAGACAUUUAGUUUUCAACAUAAAAUUACAGUUUUAGUUUGUUGUUGUUGUUUUAAGUAGCUCAGCUGAGGUCCCACUGUCUCUCCUCUGAAUUCAGGGAAGGCUGAGGAAAUAAAAUUAUAUUCAUUACACAUGCACUGGGUCAAAGUACCAGUGUCUGAGCCAGGGCAGGCUGAGAUGGUUUCCUUCAUUGAGCAGCUAUAUGUGGAACAACCACAUGGAUCAUCAGGGACUGUGUUUACACAGGAGAACCAGGAUUAUAUCAUAAAUUCAAGGUCACAUACAUUCACAAAACUUUAAAUGGACCCCUUGAGAUGCUAGCUGAUGCUGUGCAUAAAGAAAAGAGCAGCUCCAAGUUGGGUGGCCAAGGUCACUCGCUGAUGAUGCUUAUUAAACAUUACAUUUUCACAAGGUCAUCAGCAUUCUGGAUCUUAAGCACUCAGAAUAGCAUAAUACCUACUCAGUCAAAGCGUGUCAGUCACCCCUGGGCCAACUGGCAGAGCAAAGUCAACGAGAAACAGAGUAUUUCAUUAAGUGUCCAGGAGCUGUUGGAGAUGUUUUAGGAAGCUUUCCAAAUAUCAGGAGGCUAUUUAUUUUUCCUUGUCAGACCAUCAAUUAAUGGAUUCUUUUAUAUGUAAGACAUUGUUUUAACAAUUCAGAACUUCAAGAAACUUCAUUUCAGAUUUUUUUUUAAGCAAACUCCUUUUUCUUUCCUACUUGGGAUAGUACUAAUGAAUAAUAUGAUAUCUACUAUACUGUUUUCUCUGCUUUCUGCUUUCUGUGAAAGCCUUUCCCUCAACUCCUAGCUCCUGGAGAUCACUACCAGCAUCUUAGUGGGUACAAAGAAUGGUAAGUUUGUGGCCAAGCUCUGUGGACCUAGCUUGGGUACAACUUCUUUUAAAUACACGACCAUUCCUUCUUUUAUACCCAAAAUAGUUACCAACGGUGGUGUCCAAUUACAACUUUUCCUUUUGUAAUGGACCACUAGCAUACCAUUUUUUUUCUUCCUACUACAAAGUAGGGAAUGUACAAAUAUUCUAUUAGUUCUCCUGAUUGUCAUUAAUUAUCUUUUAGGAGAAAUAGAAUUGUCCAAACUCAAUUCUCACAGUAACAGUUUAGCAAAUCACCUUUUUUCCUAGAUGAAGAAAGUAUUGUCAUUAAAAAAAAAAAAGUCUAAGAACUAUGUGAGACCUUAAAGAAAGGAUUUCUCAAUGUCCUUUGCAAACCAUCAUUCAAAGAAAACAAUGGUUGUAGUCCAUUAUUCAGAGUUUGGGGAUUCCAAUCUUCCCUGGAGAUCUAACUAGCAUCAAAUGCUGGCAUAUAAAUUAAAACCUAGAGUGAAGUGCUUCAGACUGUAGGCUCUGGAGCCAGAUAGCCAGUUCAAAUUCUGACUUCACUGCUUAUUCAUGAUAUAGACCAUAGC